AUGCCGAUGGCACUCACGAUCCCUUCCACAAUUCGUUUAAUCUCUUCGAUUUCACUAGGAGGUUUGGCGAGGAACACACCUCAGGCGGAUGAUGCUGAGGAAAACUCCCAAACGGCAAUUGCUAUCCCAAUGCCAUCUAUUGACCCUCUUCCAUUACCAAGAGCACAGAUCUGGGCGAUCUCAAUUACAAGAAACCUCAACUUCACUAUCCGGAGUACGGUGCUUAUCUUCCUUGCCGUCCCAGUCUUCUACAUAAAAGGCUAUGCCAUGCCUGUUCAUCUUAGCCUCUGCAUGUUGGCAUAUCUAGUCGCAAUGAGAGUUCCGCCACGCUAUCGGCAGUACCUACACCCCGCUCUAGCAGCUAGCCGCGGUGACAGUCUGCAAAUAGGGCUUCAUCAAUUCAAGCCCGGCGUCGACUACCUCUACCUCUACCUCUGGGGAAAUCCCGGUACCUUAAGUCGUCCCGGUGUCGAGGACAUUCUUUCUAGGGCCUUGGAUGCAAGUAUUGUUGCUCUGUCUCUGCCGAUGUACCAGUAA